AUGCCUUUCCAACUCUCUCCCGCUGCCGUAGCAGUCAUCUCGUCUCUCAUGUCCACUGCCCUGGCCGGUACUUUCCACAUGAAGCCUUUCUCGGACGCAGGCUGCCAGAAUCCCAUCAAUGCUACCUACACCGACAGCCCCGAUCCCAGCGAAUGGGACUGGUUCAACAUUAACCACGGCGUUAGCGAAGAGCUGGACUCCACUAGAUACUUCGACAACCUCCAGUUUCCGGGCGCGGCCUUCGCUCCGGGGAGUAGUGCCUACAAUGUUUGGUGGAAGGCGUACAAGGAUGAAGACCACUGUCGCAUCGCAUUAAUGACGGACUACUCCCAAUGGCACUACGACCAGCUUGGUGGUCCCAUACAGCCGUAUGGAAACGUGAUCAUCAAUGCGGGCAGAGACGGCGGCUGCUAUUAUUCUGCUGUACCUGAGGGCUCGAACUUAUCAGGAACCUUUUGCUGCGGUGUCGAUGACUGCGCUCUCAUCUCAGCCGGCAACGAUGCCCUUACGCUCAAGAAGCGUGACGCAGAGGUCGACUCGAAGAAGGAAGAAGCUCAGUCCCUUGCAAAAAAGCACGAAGAAAGAAGCCCAGAGCUGAGGUCCAAAAGCUCGCACUCUUUCUCCCCUGCCGCCCGCGCCCGCGCCCUCGUUGCACGUGACGACUGCGUUGCCACCCCCCAGGGCGAUGCCUUCCCGGCCGCUGGCUACCAAACCCUCGUCGCGAACACGCAGACGUGUACCACUGGCUCCUGCAGCUUUCUCAUCAACAAGGGCAUCUCGCUCUCAACUACCAUGACAUCAACCUCCGACCAAACCAUCACCAAUACAGUCGGCGCUUCCGUCACAACCACCGCUGGUUCUGAUCUGCUCGGCUUCCAGGUCGCGGUCGGUGUGUCCUACGACUUCGCCAUUGCGAUCGGCAAAUCAACGAGCGAGGCGGUCCAAAACGGAACCACAGUAACGGUGACGAACAACCUUGGCCAGGCGCUAGGAACGACUGCGUUUGCAACCUUCACGCCAACGUAUAACUGCUAUAUGGCAACGGUAGACUGUGGACACGGAGUAUCGGAUCCAUUGGAGUUCUGCAACCCAGCCCUCUCAGAGGAUGGAUCUACGCUGUUGGGAGACUACAACGUUGUUUAUAUUUGAACGGAUCCGCUGAUAGUCCUUUUGGGUCUAUGCUCUCUUUUGAAGCAUUUCGCGGCCAUCUGGGGCAUGCCUCUUCAAUUCACAUGUAUAUCUUGAGCACCACUCUUGUCACUGAUCUAUAGAGAGAACUCAAC